ACUAGACCAAACUAGACUUCCAUGUGCCAGCUGUGAGAAACAAUAAACAUAUUUACUAACAUGUUGAUCUAUCUGUGUCCUACCGACAAAAAAUAUGCGUGCUCGUGGGAAGGUAAAUCGGAAGAUAUUUUGCACCAUUUUGAAGAAGAACACGAUGACCUUUUACAUUUCAGCGACACAUUUUUCAUUGAUCUAGCAAUAUUGUCAGAAAACAGGCUACUAUUCGUUGAAGAUGAAAUUUAUCUUGCACAAACUAAGAUAUUUGACAGUAUAAUGGAAAUUAAACUAAGGUAUCUUGGUCCGGAAGCGAUUUCUAAAAAAAUAACCUAUCAUGUAUUACUGAAGGUCAAUUACGAUCUAUGCCAUCCUGGAUAUAUAUCUGUUAACAAUAAUGGCAGUAUAAUCGUAGACUUAGCAAUAUUGGAAAAAGAUAUUGGAACCAUUACCGCUGUAGAAUGUACAUUUAAUAUUAACAAAGAUAUAGAUGAUGAAACUGAUGACGUUUUUGUCAGUCAAGUCGAAUCAAAUGAGAGAAUUAUAGAACAAGGUGAAUACGAAGACGUUGGACUAACUGAAGAGAAUUAUAAUAUGACCGGUUUUGAACAUUUACCUUUAUCCAAUAGUGGAAGUCAAUCAAGUGUUGGAGGAAAAUGGUAUAAAAACGGCUCUAAGAAUCCAGAUGUUUCCCUUUCUCGCUCGAAAACUAUCAGUGUGGACGAUAUAAAACGAAGACACAUACAAAGAGCUAAAAGUACUCUUAGUUUAGGGGCAAUUUCAGAGAUAGAUACGGAUUCCUCACCUAAUUGUACAGAAUGCUUUGUACCGUUGAUACCUCCAAUAUUCCUUUGUCGCAAUGGCCAUAAUUUUUGUCAAAAAUGUCAACCGGGAUUGUGCCCUAUUUGUUCAGAGAAAGUUACUUACCAUAGGAACAUUCGAUUGGAAGAAAACUUCGGAAAAUUUCUGUUGCCGUGUAAAUAUAAAAAAUAUGGUUGCCCACAAAAGUUAUUGAAUAAUGACCUUUACGACCACGAAGCUUAUUGCACUUUUUGUGAUUAUCAGUGCCCUAUUGAAAGUUGUCAUUUUGAGGGACAAUUUAAACACAUGUGGAAUCAUUUAAAAGUUAUUCACGGAACAAAGAAAAUUUUGGAAUCGUUUAUUGUCACUUUUAAAAAUAUUCCAGAGGCUUUUUUGGUAAAUGAAGAGCGAGGUAUAUUUUAUUGUUAUGUUACUUUUAUUGAUGAUUAUGUUCAAUGGAAGGCCAUUUUCUGUGGACCGAAAGAAAGAAGAUUUUUCUGCGAAUUAAAGUUUAAAGAGGGACAAUUGAAGCAACCAGUUUUGUUGAAUAGAAAUGAAAAUGUUUACUUUAUAGCCUUGAGUUUACAGGAUUUGAAAAAAAUGAAAGUUAAAGCGAAAAAUGCUAUUCUAACUAUAACUUCAUGAGAAUUAAGGUAGCUGAUUGAAUAAUUUUAUCGCACUGAAGAUAAUGAAAUUUUUCACCAGAUCAGAAGUAGGUAUAGUCAAGUAAAUCUCCAACUUCUUCUUCUUUCUAGUAGGGAAGGUAUGCAUGGGUCUCAGUUGAGUUGUGGAAAUGUUUGCGAACCAAACAAACGGAUUCUAAAAUGAAGAGAGUGGGGAGAGUUAGAAUUUUGUGUUUUUCAACAUAAAAUUCGCAAUGUGAUCUACUACUCAAACCAUAAAUAUAACGAACAGCUCUUUUUUGUAAUUUGAAGAUAGAAUCGAAGAGAUGCCAACUACAAGACUCACACAAAGAUAAACCAUACCGAAGAUGCGAUUCGAAUAGCGAGUAGUAAGCUGUUAAAGCAGUACGAGAAUCGAGCUGUUCAGAUACAGAUUUAAUGGCAAGGCAAGCAGAGUUUAAUUUUUUUUGUCAGGUUGUCUAUAUGCACAGACCAUUGAGGGCACCGUUAGUUUAUAGACCAAGAAAUUUGAUCGAAUUUGAAGAUCAUAUUAAGUCAUCGUUGAGUUUUAAAACUCCUUUAUAGGAUAAAACUAAAUUUUUCUCCGUGUUUAAACAAAGACCGUUUGCGUCAGACCAGGACUUAAUAGUUAAGAGAUCAUUGCCCAUGGUCGAAUGUAGAGCUAUAUCUGGACCACUUCAGGUUACUCUACUACUCCGUGAAUAAAGUGAAUUGAUCAUUGAUCCAUAGGUCUGUGGGAUCAUUGAUGAAAAUAAGAAAACUGGACUUAAAACUAAACCCUGAGGUACACCACUGCCAAUUGGCAUUAUAUUAUAAUUAGAUGAAUAAAUAGUAAUUUCAACUCACUAUUUAUGAGCACUAUUUUUAAACCUUAUUGAGUGAAUACGGCAGCAAAAGAGUUUCUAUCAAAAACUGAGUCAAAUUAGUUCAGGGUCAACAAAAGUUCUUAAUGGUCUAUUAUUUUAUCAUUGUAUCUAUCUACUGGACUCGGAUGAAAAAACAAUAUCAAUUUGUUGCUAUUUCAUUUUUUAGGUUAACAUUAAAAUAUUCAAAAGAUAUCCAUAUUGGUAAUAUAUUUAACAAACUGUAUACAUAUUAUUUCCAUCUUGUUAACCAGAUCUUGAACGAUGAGUUGGUUAAAGAUAAAAGCUAAGUUUCGAUAUUUGUGACGACAUGUACUACUUGUAAAGAGAAAUGAAGUACCAUCCAUCCAUUAUAAAUUAGACCUGAUCCAUGAGUUGGCAAAAGAUGAAUACUUAGCUUUUAUAUCUGUUGUGACAUCUAGCAGUUCUGUAGAGAAAGUCUAGUUUAUGGUAGCAAAAUACCGUCUUUAUAAUUGACACAUAGGCAAUUUUCACAAUUUUAUUUAAUCGCAUUAAAUCAUUUAAAGUAAUCAUUGAAGGGUAUGGAAAAUGUAGGUUUUUUCAAAAAAAGUUUUAUUUCUCAGUUGAAUUAUGUAAAACCAGGUUAAACAAGGAAGAGUAAAUUAUGAGUUGGCAGUCAGCUUGAUAACGUAACAUUCAAGAGAUAGCCGAAGAUAACUGCUAAGUUCAGUUCAGUUUAGCAAAUACCAUCCCUAUAUAUUACGUUCCAUCUAUGAGAUCACUGGGAACGAAUGAGUUUUGUUAUAUAUAGCGACAUGGUAUGUAUAUAACUUCUAUUCAUUUUCAUCACAGAACCAAACCUGAACAAUUUUAACAACAGUUAUUUUAAAGGUAUUUUAAACUGUAGAUUUGGAGACUCAAUAAGUUGUGUGACCAACUAAGAAAAACAAAUUUUUUGCCAUAAAUCAAUUUCAUUUAUCAACGUAGUCUCCUUCAAGAGCAAUACAAUCAUUCCAACGCUUCUCUAACUUCUCGAUGCCGUGAUUGUAGAAGGAUUUAUCUUUUGACUCAAAAUAGGCUUCAAUUUCAACAAUUUCUUCUUUAUUUGAGGAGAAUUUCUUCCUGAGCAUUUUUUUGAGAUCAGCGAAUAGCCUGUAAUCUGGACUAUAUAGUGGAUGAGGAAGCAAAUCGAAGUGUAACUCAAUCAUAGACUUGUGUAUCGGUACAUUGUGAAACAGUAGUUUUUUUUCGCCAUAUGAGGCAGUUUUCCUUGAUAAUUGCAUUCAAACGAUCUAACAUCGCAUCCCAAAAUACUGAAGCCAGUACCUUUCCAGCUGACUAUUGUGCCUUUGGACGCUUCCGAAGUGGUUCACCGGUUGCAGUCCACUCUAAUGAUGAUCAUUUGGAUUGCGGUUUGAAGUGAUGGAUUCAUGUUUCAUCAAGCGUCACAAAUCAACCCAAAAAAACAUGAUUUAUCACGUGUAAACAUGGCCAAAUACUGAUCUGAAUAAUCAACACGUUGUUGUUUUUGAUCUACUCUAAAGUAAACUUGAUGGCCUCAGUUAUCUCACGCAAUUUUUGAUUAUAUAUAACCAAUUUGUGGACUUAUUUGAUGUUUUCUGGACCGCUAUGUUUUGCUAUCUGUAACGAUAUAUGAGGAACAUGUUACCUGGUACUUCUUCAUAAUUUUUCUAGGCAUGUUUAUUAUCUGGUUGUAUAUUAAAUGAUUAGAAUUAUGAUAAACGUGGUUCUUUUUGUCUCUUAUAUUACACCAGAUCUAAAAACGCUAUAAAUGAAUGUUAUAAUGAAUCAAAAUAAAUAAUAAUUCCAUUAAUAAUGUUUUGUUCUUAAACUAAGUAACUCGUUUUGUACAGGUACGUUAACCGUCGAAAUAUAUAAAACAUACUGAUACUGAUUCGAUAAAUAUAAAUACUCAAUGCCAUACACAAAGCCCACCAAAAAACCAACGUAUUGGAGAUUUUCUGCAAAGUAUAAUAAUUCCAAAUCCAAAUUGACAAAAAUUUGGACCCCAGAAUGUGGUGUCCAUACCGCUACAUUGCGUUACAGCUGAGCAUUAAUUUGAUCGCCCAGGCUCCGAGUUUUAUAAUCUACAUAUAUUUAAUAAUGUUUUUAUGCAUUACUUUAUGAACACACUGUAUAAUAUAUAAUAAUAGUCGUUAUUAGAGGGAUCGAA